AUGCUAUUGCUAAAUCCAGCUUUAUUACCACUCAAGCUAACAGUCCAAACAGAUAUCCGUGACCAUGAAGAUCCUAUAGAGGACUCAGUUCGUGAUUCAGAUUGGGAGCCAACCUCAAGUGCAGAAAAUGAUUUAAAUGAUACGCAACGACAAUAUGAUAAUGCUGAUGGUGGUGAUGAUUUACAUCAAAGACCAAAACAAAGCCCUAAGGUAGACAAAGAUGGGAAUGAUAACAGGAGUGACAAGAGAAAGGGGUUACACUGGGAAAAGAGUGACUUGACCAUUACUUUAACUUUAUUAACUGUCAUUAAUCAGCCAUUAACAGGCAUGUCCUAA